AUGCCGCAUCACGUGUGGCCUCCACAAUUACAUCAAUCAAGUCAAACUCUCCUUACCUUGACAGUGGUUUUGUUUGCUUCCCCCACCACUGCUCUUCCCCCUAUUCUUUCUCUCAUCCUUGGCGGUGAAAGUGAACAGAAGGUGGAGGAGAAAGUGAAGGGGUUUGUGGAGGAGGUGCAUUACCGAGUACGAAAGAGGCUGUCGGGGAAAUACACGGCUGAGACUAGAGAUCCGAGGAAAAUAUGCAAUGUUUUGUUAGGUACGUUUGAUACAGCAGAGGAGGAGGUGCAAGCGUAUGAUACGAUGGAUAUUGAGUUUCGUGGUGUGAAAGUCAAGAUGAAUUUUCUGAAUCUGAUGGACAAAAUGAAUCGGACUUCCAGUAACGUUGGUACUGUUGAGUCAUUGAAUAUGGUGGCUGUGGUGGUAAUUCAACCAUCACCACUGCCUUUGCCUCCACCUCAACCACCGCCAUAG